GGGAGGGGGGACCGUUUGGAACCGGCGCACAGACCUGCUUCGCUUGCACGGCACGGAUGCGUUCCCGCGGAAUUAUUAGUAAUAGCCGCGCUUAUACGAUCAAUACAUCGAAUUGCUUUAGGUGAUGGGGGCGGCAGCAUGCGAGCGUUCUAUUUGAUUGACAAUACACUUUGCCAUAUGCUGUGUCGUUUUAAAGCAAUCUACGGCAGCCCGUUUGUCCUGUCCCAGGCGUGUGAAGCUUGCAGCGGGAUGGAUAUCCCUAAUUAUAUCCAAAGGAGGAUUUUCGCCAUUCUUCCUCCCACAGUUAAUAGCCACAUUCAUAUGGUGAUUCAGUCCAAGUAAAGAUCAUUUUUCAUUUUUUUAACAGCCUGAUUAUCAUUUUGUAUUUAUUUUUUUUUUUUGCCGACAAGGAACCUGGUAGUAGCAGUCAAUUUUGGGCUUGACUGGUUUGGGGAACAAGGGCGCCAUCACAGACUCGAUCCCCCCACCGUCAUCUGAAACUCUGCAGGACCUCCCCCCCUCCUCUCUCUCUCAGUCCGGAUCGGAAUAUUUUCCCGCCUGGUCCUGCUGCCGAUGCCGGUCCAAGCUCAUCCCCCAUCCACUGGAACUGGGUGGCGUGAAGCGCAGAUCCACGUAACUCUUUUUUUUUUUUUUAAUGUUUGACAUUUUUCGCAGGCGAGCAUUGUGACUUCUAACAUAGACUCGGACUGCAGCAGCCUCCCAGAAGCCCCUCUCACAUGGAGAUCUCCCAAAAGGGGAACCGGGGCCCUGCUGAUUUUUCCUGCAACACGAACAAUUUGUAUUCACUCGAGAAAAUGCAAAACAAAAACAGCAGAUGAACUAUGAAUGCUGAACAAAAUGAUCUCCCUCCACCGCCAGACAAUGAGAAGUCGUAGGCUGAAGGGGGCACUGUCCAACCCCCUUUUUGUGGUCCUCUUGGCCCUUCAUAUCUUGGUGGUGGCCGGGCUAGUUCGUGCACAGACCUGCCCCUCCGUCUGCUCGUGCAGUAACCAGUUCAGCAAAGUCAUAUGCACCCGCCGCAGUCUACGGGACGUGCCAGAUGGCAUCUCCACCAACACCCGUUACCUAAACCUUCAAGACAACCUCAUUCAGGUCAUCAAGGUGGACAGUUUUAAACACUUGCGUCACCUGGAGAUUCUGCAGCUGAGCAAGAAUCAUAUCCGCAGCAUCGAGAUCGGCGCCUUCAAUGGACUGGCGAGCCUGAACACGUUGGAGCUCUUUGAUAAUCGACUCACGACAAUCCCCAAUGGAGCAUUUGAAUAUUUGUCCAAGCUGAAGGAACUAUGGCUUCGGAACAACCCUAUUGAAAGUAUACCAUCUUAUGCCUUCAACCGGGUCCCCUCGCUCCGAAGGCUGGAUCUUGGUGAGCUUAAACGUCUCUCCUACAUUUCAGAUGGCGCUUUCAAAGACUUGAGCAAUCUCCGCUAUUUGAACCUGGGAAUGUGCAACCUCAAGGAGAUCCCGAACAUCCUACCCCUAGUAAGACUCGAGGAACUGGAAAUGUCUGGAAAUCAGCUGUCUAUCGUCAAGCCAAGCGCGUUUACAGGACUGGUGAACCUGCAGAAGCUAUGGAUGAUGCAUGCUCAGAUUCAAACCAUUGAGAGAAAUUCAUUUGAUGACUUACAGUCAUUAGUGGAGCUUAACCUGGCUCACAACAACCUGACCUUUCUACCACAUGACCUCUUCACCCCACUUCAUCGCAUGGAACGGGUCCACCUUCAUCACAACCCUUGGAAUUGCAACUGUGAUAUCUUGUGGCUCAGUUGGUGGCUAAAGGAGUCAGUACCUGCCAACACGAGUUGCUGUGCCCGUUGCCACACUCCGACACUCUUUAAAGGACGCUACAUAGGGGAAUUGGACCAUAGCUAUUUCCAGUGUGACAUUCCUGUCAUAGUGGAGCCACCCACUGAUUUAAAUGUGACUGAGGGCAUGGGCGCAGAGCUUAAAUGCCGUACAAGCUCCUUGACAUCCAUCAGCUGGCUCACGCCAAAUGGUUCCCUGGUGACACACGGGGCUUAUAAGGUGCGUCUCUCUGUACUCAAUGACGGAACGCUUAACUUCACCAGCGUCACAAUGCAAGACACUGGGACGUACACUUGUAUGGUCAGCAACACAGCAGGCAACAUCUCCGCCUCGGCUGUGCUCAAUGUCACUUCUGUGGAAAACAGCGGGGUGACGUAUUUUACAACAGUCACAGUGGAGACCAUUGAGACCCCAGGUGAUGACGGCCACACACCGCUUCCCCCGUUUGGCUGGGUGUCAUCCUCAACCACAAAAAGUACGCCCGUUUCAACAAGGACAACAGAAAGGACUUACACCAUUCCAGUUCUGGAUCUGGAUGGAGAAAGAGCCCUCAACGGCCUGGAUGAGGUGAUGAAAACCACCAAGAUUAUCAUCGGCUGCUUCGUGGCCAUCACGCUGAUGGCUGCUGUUCUGCUUGUUAUUUUCUACAAAAUGAGAAAGCAGCAUAACCAACAGGAUCCUGAUGGCCCCGCCUCCUCGAUGGAGGUCAUUACUGUGGAAGAAGAGCUUGCAGGUGUUGCUGCUAUUGACAGACAUCUAUCGCUGCCCCCACUGGAGCACUACAACCACUACAACACCUACAAGAGCACUUACCAUCACCCCUCUAUGCUCAGUACCAUACACAGUUCUACCACACAGGAACAUUUACUCAUUCAAGCCUGUUCAAAAGACAAUGUACAAGAGACCCAAAUCUGAGAUUGCAUUCAACAUCAGCAUUUUUGGAUACACAAAGAGGAUCAAAUACAUCCAUGAGACAUUAAGGUGGCACAGUUAAUGUCAAUGACAGUGCUAAAUCCACUUUUGGAAAAGGGACCACUGGUGAUACUUUAUUAAGUGUCUUUAAAAAACAAAGAUUAUUUAUUGAAAAAGUAUGUCUAGUGACUAAUGAAGAAAAACAAAUUGUGAUAGCUUUUUAGCUUGUUUUCUUUCUCUAUCUGUAAAGCUGCACAAGGAAAAGAAUGGUUUACUAAAUGUGAAUAUGAAAUGUUGGCCUUAUACUGAAGUGACUACAAGGUCGUUGAAUUUAACCUUUGCUUUUGGUUUUGUGAUGGGAAUUGUUUUCAUGUCUCUAAGCAUUUAUUUGCUGGUGGCUCUGAGUCCGCACCGAAGUGGUUUCCAACAUAAAAUGUGUUAAUUUUCAUAAUCAUGCCAUUUUUUGAUGGAAAAGCUCUUGAUGAUAUCGCAGGGAAACCAGCGUGUCUGAGGAGGAAAGCAGCCAAAUUAGUAUGUGCAUUCUCCCUGAGGCUUUUUAAAGCAGCCAUAUAUCAUUCAUUGUAAUUAAGAUAAAGUUCUUGCUCCCACUCCUCCCUCCAACUAUUAUUUACACUUCAAUUCUUUACUACUCCUUUCGUAGCGUUUGUUUUCUCAUUUCAGUUUCGCCGUCUUUCUAUUCCCUCCCCGUUCCCUGUUUCUCAGUGUCCUCAUGCUUGUCCUUCUUUGAUUGUCUCUGCUGCUUAAUUCAGGGACAUUUCUCAGCCCUUGCCAUGUCUCAUUUGUCUCUCUUUAGCCGUCGGCAUGUGCCGCACGACGGCAGAAUAUUGCUUGAGAAAAUGAAGGGGAGCAUAAGGCUGCAGUCAGUACCCUCCCUGUUAACCCAGUUAUGAUGUACGUCCAUGCAGUGUCGCGUUACCUCGCCAUCACCCCGGGGUCACACAAGCUCAUGUGCUGAUAGUCCAUCUGUUGGUACAGAUAAAGAGGCAAAUGAGGCAGCUUUGUAAUGUAGUGUGACCCUGUCGGACCAAUGCAGACAGGGCUAACGUACUCAGUGAAGCAGCGAGAGACCUGGCACAAAAAAAGGGAGAUGGGUUACGUCUCAUUAAACUGCAUCAGCAGUUCAUUUGCAGACCCACAGUGGAAAGCUGAUAACCAAACAGCAUUAGACUUUUUCUCGCGCCAUGUGCUGAGCAUCUAACAGGGCUAGAGGACUUUGAUAUGGAAGCGACCCCUGCUCAGUGUCAUUGUUUUAGUGCCAAAAAAGAGACAGACUUUCAUGCUGCAUCAUUUAUAGUCCAUCAGAAGAUUGUCUCUGUAGUUUGUUUUUCGAUUCAGUCUUUCAGAGAGGAAAAAAAAGGAAGACCAGUAGGUGUGUGGAGGAAGGAUAGACCCACAAGGGUCAUGAGGGGUCUUCAAACAGAAAUAUGGAAGAUAUGAAGGAAGAGGAAUAAAAAAUAGAUAAGGCAUAAGGAGGCAAAACUAGCCAUCAGACAGUCGCCAUGGAAACGGUGACCUUGUGUGGAAACUAAGAUGAGGUGGAUAUGCCUUUCACUCAUCUGCACUGGUCUCUGUGCAACAAGCUUAUCUGAAUUUCCCAGUGAAGAUUAAACAGACGCCCGUGAUUACUGCCAAAUAAUGUAAGGGGUGAUUACAGAUGGAAUCAUGGACUAUAUGACAUCAUGCUUGCAGAGCAGUGUGGAGCUCUGUGCUGUUGAAAUGAAAUAUAUUACUGCAUGAUUUGAAAUUGUGACCAGUUUAUCUUUCCAUUCCUCCUCGCCUCAUUAAUUUUAAAUUCAGUAAGGACCGCUACCAUAUCUUAUAGGAGGAAUGUAAUAAAGGCCCAUCGCUCACCGACUUAUAUGCGUCUGAUCAGUUAGUCACCUGCAUUUUUUCCCCCCAUCACUUCUCAAUAACACGCAUUUCAUGGAACCUAAAUAAACAUGAGACGACCAAUAUGCGGGUACAUAAUGCAGAAAUGGAUUAGAAAUAUACUGUAGGCCUUUCUUCUGGUGGUAUGAAUGAUGGGCAUCAUUCAUAAUGUGAAGUGUGAACCAUUCUUUCCCUUUCCACUAUUUUCUGUUUCAGUACUAAACUUAUUUCACUGUUUUUGGUGGCUUAAUGAUUCCGUGUUGAUGCUGGCUAUAAUUAAAAAAAAAGGUUGGAGUUUUAUAUACCUAUAUACUGUAUUUGGGAUUGAGAGUUUUUUUCAGAAUGAAUGGAAAUGCUCUGCCAUGGAAGUAUGCACAUGAGAAACUGUCCCUAUACAUGGGGGUGAUGUUUUGGGAUGAAAUUAAGGCUGACGUGCAGAAUUUUGGACAUGAAAUUGUGCAGAACCCAAGCCAAGGUGAUCAAAACCUUGUGAGUUAUUCUGCCAACUGUCCGUGUGUGGGGAGGGGGUUACUGUAUGUGGGAAUAUUCUCUCAUUUUUGGAGAGAAUAACCAUCAAAUGGUUCAAUUUCUACAAAAAAAAUAUUUUCAAAAACAAAUUGCAAAAAAUGUUAAGCUCAGACUUUUACAUGUGCUUCAAUUGUUUAAAAAAUGCAAAAGAAAAAUAAGAAAAAAAAAGAACAGCAAGAGACUGUGCUUGUAAUAAGUCCAGCUAAUUUCUCUGAGGAUGAUGUCCAUUUAUUGAUACCUGAGAUUGUAGUUCAUACUGUACAUGAAUAUGAAUAAAAUGCAUUUUUUCCCAAUAGAGUUCAUGAAACAUUAUUCAUUAUGAUGUUGUCAUUAUUUUUGUUCCAUUUCCAGAAGAACACAUGGGUAUAAAUAUUCAAACAAAAUCAAAUACAGAGCAGCUUGUAGCAGAAUUAAGGGGAAUAUACUUUGAACAGACAUGCCAUAGCUUACACAAUUAGAUCAGAGAGGGAAGUGUCUCCAAGAGGAAAAGAAAAUAAUUUGUCUGGCACGCAUUGGU